AUGCCCCAAAAAAUUGGCUUACUGGAAAAUAAGAAGCCCAAAACUCGUUAUUUCCUUAGAUGCCCUUGUCGAUCCCUAAACAAAACACGUUCAACAGUUGCUAAUCCGCAUUUACUUCUACCGACGAUUUCACCUCCCGCCAUCUCCUCCAACGACGACCUCCACAGCGCCGACGACUCCUCCAUUGCACCAACGACGAGCUCCACUACAAGUGCUUGGGUAGGAGAUGCACUUGACAUGGUUCAGGAUAGUGUUGUAGAUUCUUUCAAUCAGUCAAACUGCCGGCGGUGGUGGAAUAGCCGGGGAAACAAUCAAAACUUCCCUGCACUACGUGGAGCCAUCUGGAGCAUGCAAUAUGGACCCUGCAGCGCAGACAUCGAGCCUGAUCAAGAAAACCCUGGAAAAUACCUGGUUGAAUUCACUUAUGAUGCCUAUGGCGCUGGCAGUAUUACCCUUCGUUUCGGUGAAAAACUGGGACGCGGCUAUAACGAUGAUCUAACAAAAGAAGACCUGAUUCAACCAAUCACAGUGAAUAUCAAGCAAGAUUUGGGCCAGAAAUUCAAACAGGAACCUGGGACUGGAAUCGAUUUUUCCUCAUAUACAGUAAGUAAAACAGAGGUAUAUCUGUUAGCCAUUCAGGCACGCAUAAGUCCAUGUAUAUCAGAAGAUGGAAGUACGAAUGGUGGUACUACUAUGUCCCAGUUAACUAUAGCAGUGUUUGACAAGGAGCAGGAUAGAUACAAGGUUAGGGUUACAGAUCAGACCUUAUGGGUGAAUGGAGCGAAGUAUGUGUUGCAUGAUAAGGAAGGAUUUGGUAAUUCUGAUGGUGCUGAUCUUAAUUGGAAUGAUCUUGGUAAAAAAUGUCUCAUCUGUUUAUCAAAAUUUCAAGACACUUCUACCCUUCAUAGAGAAGGACGAAAAAUUGGAAAGUUAGUGGUUUAUGAUAAAAAAAUUGGGAAGGGGAGUAAUGAGACAAUUGUAUACGAGGGAAUUUAUGGUGAUAAGUCAGUUGCUGUGAAAAAGAUUGUAAAGGUGCAUCAUGAUGUGGCAUUAAAAGUGAUACAAAAUCCGCGUGUAUCCGAUCAACAUCCUAAUAUUGUUAGGUUGUAUGGUGUGGAGUACGAUCAAGAUUUUGUUUAUCUUGCUCUUGACAGGUGUAUAUGUAGCUUACAUGAUUUGAUAUUGUCACAUGGAAAUUCGAGUGCCGAAUCUCAACCAACAGUGAAAGUUUUUAAGGAUUUGGAAUUGUCGAAGCCUAGUAGGUAUCCUCCACCGAUCUUGUUGACAUUUAUGAGGGAUAUAGUUGAAGGACUUGGCUAUUUACAUGGGCUUCGAAUCAAUCACGGUGACCUAAAGCCUCAGAAUGUCUUAAUACACAAUGAUACUUCUAGUGUAGUGAAGGUCUCAAAUAUGGGCACGAGAAAAUACAGAGCUUUAACCAAAAACACAACAGGCUGUGGGAGUGGGAGGUGGCAAGCACCCGAGCAACUUAGGAAUGAAGAACCAACGCCUGCUGCGGAUUUAUUCAAUUUUGGGUGUCUGCUUUUCUUUUGUAUCACUGGUGGUCAACACCCGUUUGGUGACAUUAUAGAUGAUCGUGAUAAUAAUAUUUUGCAUGACAUGAAAAAUCUGUCACCGGUAGAAAAUAUUCCAGAAGCCUUUGAUCUUAUCUCUCGUCUCCUACAUCCCGAUCCAGAAUCCAGGCCAAAAGCUGGAGAAGUAUACAACCACCCUCUAUUCUGGGAUCCCCAGACCCGUAUUUCCUUCCUACUAACAGCAAGUCAAAAAGUAAAACGAAGAAAACCAAAUGAGUGUGAAACCAAUUCCAAUCUCAUUGCAUCACUCGAUAGAAGGGCCCCCCAUGUCUUCAGUGGCGAAUGGAACACAAAGUUAGACGACACACUCCGCAACGACGUACAUCUACAUAUCAAAAAGUACUAUUACAACUACAAAAGCGUAUGCCAUUUAAUACGACUCAUAAGGAACAAACAUAAUCACUAUCUAGACUCGCCAGAUUUGAAAACUGCGUUAGGGUCGCUCCCCACGGGAUUUGAUGCGUAUUUUAGAAGAAAGUUUCCGAAGCUUCUUAUAGAAGCAUAUAAGUUUUUUAAAGAGUAUUGUGGAUUCGAAGAUCUUUUUAUUAACUAUUAUAGACAUAAAGUGUUUCCUUAA